AUGGACAGCUUCUGGCAAUUGGGUGAUGAGCUCCGAGGUCAGUCAAGAGCAUCAGAGGAUCACAAAUGGUCCACGGUUGCGACGAAGCUAGCUGAGCAAACCAGGACGAAAGCGGAACGGAUGAACAACCUUGACCUCUCCAAAAACUACACUGAGUUCAGGCCAAGCGACAAGUUUAGUUUCCAGGAGAACAACCUUAACUUCAACAUGUUGAACUUGGACGCCAAAUAUGCGGAAGGCAUGGGCAAGGCCUCGAUGCAGAGCAACGUCUACAACAUGAACACGGUUUUCCAGAAGAAUGACUUCAAAAGUGCAGGCAACGCGAAAGCGAACAAGUAUAGUGGCAAUAUCGUUGCUAACAAGGAGCUGGUCAAUAACAAGCACAACAACAAUGAUAAUGCAAAUACGAAUUUGGCUGUUGACAAGAGGUUUAAAACCCUGCCUGCUUCGGAGACUUUGCCGAGGAACGAAGUGCUCGGUGGCUACAUCUUUGUUUGCAACAACGAUACCAUGCAGGAAGACUUGAAACGUCACCUCUUUGGUUUACCUCCAAGAUACAGAGACUCUGUUCGGGCGAUAACUCCUGGAUUGCCUCUGUUUCUGUACAAUUACACUACUCACCAGCUACAUGGUAUCUUUGAGGCCACAACUUUUGGAGGUACUAAUAUUGAUGCAACUGCUUGGGAAGACAAAAAGUGCAAAGGAGAGUCAAGAUUUCCGGCUCAGGUAAGAAUCAGAGUGAGGAAAAUCUGCAAAGCCUUGGAAGAGGAUUCGUUCAGGCCUGUUCUUCACCACUAUGAUGGUCCAAAAUUCCGCCUUGAGCUCUCUGUUCCUGAGACAUUGGAUCUGCUAGAUCUCUGCGAACAAGCUGGUUCUGCAUAA